AUGAGUGAGCCAAAGGUAGGACCAAAUCGUCCAUUGUUCGUUCUAUUUGGUUCAUCAAUUGUGCAGCUAAGUUAUUAUUUUGAUGGCUGGGGUGCUGCCCUCACAGGAUUCUAUGCUCGUAAGGCCGAUAUAUUUGUUCGUGGAUAUGGUGGUUGGACCUCAAGAAAUGCUCUUCAAGUUUUGAGCAAAGUCUUUCCACAGAAAGAUAAAAUUCAGCCUUCUCUAGUUAUACUUUAUUUUGGUGGAAAUGAUUCAACAGAUCCUGAUAUUCCUAAUAGCCCUAAUGUCCCUAUUGAUGAAUAUGUUGAAAAUAUGAGAAAAAUUAUACUUCAUAUCAAGGGCCUUUCACAAACCACUCGUGUAAUUAUGCUAACCGCUCCUGCAGUGAACGAGAAACAAAUUAUUGACUUUUAUGGGAGUAAUCUAGGUAGAACUAAUGAGAGAGGUCGCAUAUACUCAGAAGCUGGUAUCAAAUUGGCCCAAGAAUUAGGGUUGAAGUAUAUUGAUUUUUGGUCAGCCCUCCAGGAACCUUCUGAUUGGAUGGAUACAGUCUUCUGGGAUGGAUUGCAUUUAACAAAAGAAGGAAGUGCUAUUGUGUUUCAUAAAAUCGCAGAGGUAAUCCAAGAGGCAGAGUGGGAGCCAACCCUAGAUUGGGAGAAAAUGCCUGAUGAGUUCGAUGGGAAUCAGCCUCAUAGUUUGUACCAUGAGAAGAUGAUGGAGGGUAUUAAUAGAAUGAUGGGGAUUCCUGCUUCACGUCAAGUUAAAUCAGAGUAG